CAUAAAGCCUAUCUCGCCCUCUCUGUUAUACUACCACGAAGCAACGGUUUAAACCAACCCUUCACUCCCUGUCUCACAUAUCAUAAGAAAGAUAAAAUGGCCGUUCAUAUUCAUAACCCUAACUUUUUGCACACUCAUCAACUCCGAUCAUCUCAUACAUGGGCAUCUGCAUCACCUGCUUCAUAUCACACCACAAGAUUUUCUCCUGCAAAACAUCCCGGAUUCAUCUGCAAGUCCAAUAACAAAGAUGACUAUCUUAUUGAUGCUCCUGUGUCUGCUGGAGAUGGAUUCUCUUUCAGUGGAGGGAAGUAUUCGGAUCAACCGAGUCCAUCAGAUGAAUGGUUAAAGCGAGGCAAAUGGGUUAAAGCUCACAGAGUUGGUGGAUCUGGUGCAGAAGCCAAAGAUCCCAUUUUCGGACUAACAAUGGGAUCUAGCUCCCAAGCUUCAAAAGAUGUUUUCAGGUGGUUUUGUGUAGAAUCUGGGAAUGUAGACAGUCCUCCCGUUAUACUCAUCCAUGGAUUCCCAUCCCAGGCUUACUCUUACCGGAAAGCUCUUCCCGUCCUUUCAAAGAACUACCGCGCCAUUGCUUUCGACUGGCUAGGAUUUGGAUUUUCUGACAAGCCUCAGGCUGGAUAUGGAUUCAACUACACAUUAGACGAGUAUGUUUCGUCGCUUGAAUCAUUCAUUGAUGAAGUUACAACUACUCAGGUCUCACUGGUUGUGCAGGGAUACUUCUCAACUGCUGCGGUUAAAUACGCAAGAAACCGACCAGAGAAGAUCAAGAAUCUCAUACUCUUGAAUCCUCCUCUCACUCCCGAACAUGCUAAACUUCCAUCAACCUUGUCUGUAUUCAGCAACUUUUUGCUCGGGGAGAUUUUCUCUCAGGAUCCUCUGAGAGCAAGUGACAAGCCUAUGACGAGCUGUGGUCCUUACAAAAUGAAAGAAGAUGAUGCAAUGGUUUACCGAAGACCUUAUCUUACCUCAGGUUCUUCUGGUUUUGCACUUAACGCCAUCAGCAGGGCCAUGAAGAAGGAGCUUAAGGGCUAUACAGAAGAAAUGAGGACUUCAUUGAUGGAUAAAGACUGGAAAAUCCCAACCACCGUGUGCUGGGGACAGCGAGACAAGUGGCUGAGCUACCAAGGAGUUGAAGAGUUCUGCAAGAGUUCGGGACAUAAUCUCGUUGAACUUCCAAUGGCUGGUCAUCAUGUACAAGAGGAUUGCGGAGAAGAGAUUGGGGGACUGAUCUCAAGAAUCAUAAGCAAAUCUGCUCUUAUCUAAGUAGAGCGACUCCUAGAAAACGCAAAGAGUCAUGAACAACCCAUUUGUAAAAAAAUAAAAAAAAACUCAAAAAGUUUUAUUUCACAACCUUGUGUAUCUCAAUGGUACAUAUAUAAAGUCAUUAGUAAGA